AUGUCAGGCCCACCGGGGCCAGGGCCUGCGCGGGCGAUGAGCGUAGGCACAAACGGUCCUCCCAGCGCCGGCCUUCCACCACACAGCAACAUGCCACCGCAACAGAGUGCUGGCCCGCCGCCGCCCAGCACAUCUGGACCUCAGUCGCAACAGAACUUGAACCAAAUAGUAUUAGAGUAUCUCUCCAAGAAGGGUUAUGUACGUACUGAAGCGAUGCUCCGCAAGGAGUCCGAGCCGCAAGCGAAUGGCCAGCCUCUCGUUAGCGGCAGCACGGAAAUAGGAGGCGCGAAGUACACAAAGUCGUUCGAGUUGUUGCGGAAAUACACAGAAGACAAUCUGGAUCUGUACAGACCAGAGUUGAAGAAGCUGCUGUGGCCCGUCUUUGUGUACUCGUUCAUGGUUCUGGUGCGCGAUUACUUCACAAAAGACGCAGAAACAUUCUUCGCAACCUACCAAAACCAGUUCGAGCGCGAUCAUAGCGAUGAGAUCAAGACGCUCCGUCAGGUUCGCUUGCCUUCUCACCUCACGGAAAGCAACAUUGCGAAGCUUUACAGCGACAACAAGUAUCGCUUGACCUUGACCACGAUGCCCUUCUACAACCUGAUCCAGUUUCUGGAGUCCAAGAUGUUCGAGGGCGGCCAAGCGCUCAUGGACAUCAUCCGGGAGCACCUGAAUAUCGUCACCAUGGACCGCACAGCGACUGCAGAGAAGAGCAUAGCAGCGAUUCUGGCAGGUGGACAGGGAGAGGACGAGCUUCCAGCAGAAGAUGAAGGUAUUCCGGGACACAACCCUGGUCAUCCACUGACAAGUCGUCACGACCCUGAAGCUGAUGCUGCGCGAAUUCGUCUGCAGCUUGGCCCAUACCCACAGGAUCAGGACCUGCAAGACGAUGUCCGAGCCACACUACAGGAUGAAGACGCUAAGAACGCGCCUAAGCCUGGGCAACCAUCUCUUGUGGAUGAGUAUGAGCAACGCAUUAAGCGUGAACCAACAGAGGACGGGCCAUCACGUGACACAGUACCACUGCCACCAUCUCUCGCGCGCGAUGUCUCUAUGGAAGUAGCAAAGAUCAUGGAGUACCGUGAUCGUUACAAGAUGGAAGGCCGUACUGGCGGUGUUGGUCCAGCAGUCAGCGUCACUAUGUACACCUUCCACAACACCUACGAUAGCAUCAACUGCAUCGAGUUCUCGGGCGACAAUCAGCUUGUCGCAGCCGGCAUGGCCGAAUCGUAUAUUCGUGUCUGGUCUAUGGACGGCAGUCCUCUCACAUCCUCACUGCCCGAGACCAGCACACAACCGUCAUCAUCACGGCGCCUGGUUGGUCACGCCGGUCCAGUCUACGCCGUCUCCUUCUCUCCUUCCACCUCAAACCGCGUUGAGGGUGGCCCACCUACUAACACCCAAUUCCUUCUGUCCUGUUCCGAAGAUAAGACAGUCCGCCUGUGGUCUCUCGAUACAUGGACAUGUCUAGUCGCUUACCGUGGCCACGAUAACCCUAUCUGGGACCUCCAAUGGGGUCCAUACGGGCACUACUUCCUCACUGGCUCCAAUGACCGCACUGCGCGUCUCUGGUCCACCGACCACAUUGAGCCGCUGCGCAUCUACGUGGGGCACGACAACGACGUUGACUGUGUCGCUUUCCAUCCCAACAACCUCUACGUCUUCACAGGGUCGUGCGACCGUACAGUUCGCAUGUGGCAUAUUUCUGGUGGUAACUGUCUACGUCUCUUCACUGGCCAUACUGGCAACGUUACGGCCAUCGCCUGCUCGCCAGAUGGCAAGACUCUCGCCUCCGCAGACGACGCCGGCAACAUUGUGCUGUGGAACCUCGAGACAGGUCGAAGGAGGAAGCGCAUGCGCGGUCACGGCAAGGGCGGUAUCUGGUCGCUCUCGUGGAGUGUGGAGUCCAGCAUCCUCGUCUCCGCUGGUGCAGACAAGACUGUCCGCGUCUGGGAUGUUCUGCAGGAGACCACUGAGAGUGGCGGCAAAGGCACGGAUGGUGCGGCUAAGACAGACGGUGCGCUCACAACAAAAGGUGCGAGUGGCACCACAGUCACAACGAAGAAAGCGGCGAAAGAGGCAGGUGUCUCGGCGGACCAGAUCGGCGCCUUCCCCACAAAGGACUCGCCGGUCUACAAAGUACAGUUCACGAGAAUGAACUUAGUGCUGGCUGGUGGCGCAUAUCUACCACAGCGAGCUUAG